UAUAAAGUUGAUGUUGUAUUUAAUUUAUAAUUUUAUUGUAAAAGCCAUUAAAUACGCCCAAAGUGAAUAUCUUGUCUACUAUAUGAAAAACUGUAUAUUUCAUUACAAUGGAUGCAGACGACAGUGAAUACUGGAAUACCACUCAAGUUAAAGCAUUCAGUUUCGACGAUGAUAUUCUUACAACCCAAGAGAUAUUGGCUAUCGGGCAGCGGGCCAACCUCUCUUCCUCACAGAGUGACAGUGAGGGGUUCCUCAGCAGCGGUGCGGCGAAGCCACUGCUGCCGCUGUCCAGCCUCGUGUCACCGAAGGUCUUGGACCUCAUCCUCCUGGCACCAUCAGGCAAGGACCCGCCGAGCAAACAGCCAAAACUAGCAGACUCUGAAGAGACAGUGUCCAUAACACUGAAGCGGCUGGUGCUUGGCCGGCCGUGCUCGCUGCACACGCACCGGAGCCUCAAGAGCAAGACGGAAUUAUUGGAUGGAGCGGUCGCUAUAGGGGAUGGCAACUGUAUUAUUAGUGUAGUCCUAUUCCUGAUCCAGACCCUGAACAAGAAGCUAGUCUACGAGCUGCUGUCCGCGCGGCCCACAGCGCUGCGCCACUACGUCAGCUUCUUGCAGAGCGAGGGCAAGAUCACGGAGCUCACCGACUUGCUCACAAUGCUGGGCCGAAGUCCCGAAGCCGCUAUGUACCAAUACCAGCACCACGUGAGGGCGCAAGGUAACAACGUGGACGGUCUACUGCGCAAACUGAACAACCUUCUCAGCAAUCACUUCAACCAGCCCGGCAUCGACGUCAACCAAGCGAAGAUUGUCACUAAUUAUAUCAAGUUUUUAGAGUGGCAGAAGUGCGCCGCGGUUACCGCUCUAAGUAAUAAGUCCGUCAUGGAGUGUCUCUCCCACUGUUGCGCCCACCACUGGACCGAGACGGCGGGCAAGAUCAUGUCGCCUCUCACUCUGUCGCAGCAACAGCAGAUAACUCCUCUGCAAUACGACUGGGUGGUGCUAAACGUUCACGCCAAACUGAAAAACUGGGAGAUUGUAGAAUCGAUCUUCACAAGAAAGGAUUGGUUCGGUCGCUCCACAGUGUCUAGUCACAUCCCGCUCACGAUGGUGAUCGCUCGACUACACGAGUUGGGCUCCAGUCGACGACUCAUCGCCACAUUUGUCAACAAGAUAUCCAAUACGGACGAGAAACUGCAGAUUGCUACGCAUUUUAAGGUGCAUUCGGUGGUGAUUGAAACGCUGGCCAAGCAGAAGGAUCGACAGGGGCUGGUCAACUACAAGAUGGCGCUGAAUCCUCAGUCAGAGGAGUACAUCUUGGCGGAAAACACGCUUAGAACCCCGUCGAUAAAGUGGAAGAAUUGAUAGUACCGGACAACACUUAUAGAAAAUGUAUCAUCAAUAUAGUUUCUCGUUACAUUAAUACUGGUAAGAUUUUAUCUGUAAAAAAUAUUUUAUACCAACGAUAAGCUAUUUAUUUUUAAAUGACAAAUAAAAGAAAUUAUAACUUU